AUGGAAUCUCAAGUCAAAUACAUAGACUUACUAGACAACCAGUUCAAUGAGCAUUUUGAAGAGGCUAGAAUCAUCGGAAGACUUGGUGGAGAUUACAUUACAGAGGAAGGUGUUUGCCUAUUAAUUUAUGUCAGAUGCUAGAGUAUUGUUCCAAAGGAUUCAAGUGAGAUAGAAAUCUUUGAUCCAAGUGGAUAUAGAUUCUAAAUAGAAAAAAUGGGAAAGCUAUUUGCAGAGAUCAAGAAUUGUGCAACAUUUAUUUACUUAGAAUGCCCUAGGUCGAAUCCAUUAAAUCUUCCUUAAUCAAAGAAAAUAAUUUAAUAGAUUGAUUAAACAUAAGCUCAAGGACUACUCCUUAUCUAGUAUUGCUUUGCUUAAGGUUAAUCAUGGGAUAGCAUAAAUGAUUAAUCUAGGAAAGAGUCUUUUAAAAGCUUCAUUGAAAAUCUAUAAAACUUUUAAUUAGGAGAUUUUAUGGAACAUAUUUCAAAUAUGCCACACAAUUCUAUCAUUGGAAACAAAAAACUAGAUCUAAUAUUCAAUACAGCCUUUAGCCCCAUAGAUCUACCAUCAGAGAUUAAAUAAAUAAGAGAAACUGAUUAACUAGAAGUAUAAGUGAAGGAAAUUUCUUAGUAAGAAGAGAAUCACAAAAAUUUGAUAUAGUAACUUUAAGAUAAAAUCAAAUCAUUAGAGGAUAGACUCACUGAUUCUGAAAGUUAUAACUAAAAAUUGGAAGAUGAGCUGGAACUAGUAAAAAAGGAUAAGGAAAGUGAGAUAUUAGUCCUUUAGGAUAGAAUCAAAGAUAUCCAAGAAGAAUUAGUAAGCGCUAACUUAAAUAGCCUAAACACUGAGAAGGCACGAUCAAUUGAUGAAUAAUCAUCAAUAAUUCAAGCAGAUACGGAAUCAACUAGCUAUAAAUUAUCAUAAAAGUGCGAUAAGUACAAGCAAAAGGUUAAGGACAAAAAAUUGAAAAUUAAAGAGUUAAAACAGGAAAACAAAGAACAUCAUGAUACUAUCAUUGCAUUGAAGGAGCAAAUAUUAGAAUUCAGCCAACAUAUGUAAUAUCGUACAAGUGAAAAAACCCAUCAUCAAGAUGAUUCAUAUUAUUCUCAUUCCUCAUCUAAAUCUUAGAAGAAUGAGUAAUAAAGAAAUGAGGCCAAGGAUUAAAUCAAAUUUUAAAGCCAAGAUUAUAAAGCUUUCUAAAAUUCAUCUUUUGACUAGUCAAAUUAUGACUAAAAGUAGCAAAUUUAAGAAAACUCUUAUGAAGAAAGUAAACAAGCUUAUUUUAAUGUAAUAGAAAGGGAGGAUCAAUUUAAUCUUUUUGAUAGGCUCUAAUAAGAGUAAAAAGUUGUCAAGACUCAUACAAAUAUUAUAGAUGAUCAAGUUAAUCACUAUGGUGCAUCUAACGAUUCCAAAUAUUUUGAUCUAUAAUCAAAUAAUUCCCAAGGAAAAUCUCAAAAUAAUGUAUAGAAAAUUUACAUUUCUGAGAAAAGAGAAGAUAUUAGCAGUCAAGAUUAUAACGAAAUAAUGAAGGAAAUCUAGUUUCAAGAAUGGAAAUAAAAGAAAUUAUAGGAGGAAUAAGAUAAUAAGAUUGCCUUGUAACUUAGGGAAGAAGAAUAAAAGUAAAUAGAGCAGAAGUAGAUAUUAAUAGCAUAGUAGACAUUAAGGGAUCAGGAAUGUUAGCAAUUCCAACAGAGAAUCUUUAAAGCUCCAUAAUUUGAAGAUCACUUACAGUAACAAGAUUAAAUAUAAAACCUAAAUUUGAUUGAUUAAAACAGUAGCCAGAACAAGGAAUAAUAAAUUUCUACUCCCACAAUGAUGAGUAACACCACUGGAUUUGAAGACUCUUUGAUAAUUAAGGAAGAUGAUAUUAAUUUGAUUAGAGAUUAAGUUGGAGCAUCAGCCACAUUUAGAAAAGUUUAUGAUAAUGAGGAAGAUUAGUAAUUCGAUAAACUUUAGAUGGAAUUAGAGGGGAAGAAAGGUUUGAUAUUCUUAACUAGAGCCAAAAAUGCUAAGGGUGAUGUAGUUGGUAGUUUUGGAGCCUAUAUUUCAAUCCCUUAUUAAGCAUAAAAAGAACAGUCGUUCAAGGAUUCUAAAGCUUUUAUAUUUUCUCUUGAUAAGAAAAUAGUUUUUCCAUAAAUAGACCCAACUGAUUCAAAUAUUUCCUUAGGACCCUCAAAGAUCAUUUAAAUGGGGAAAAUUAUUGAAGGUCUCGAUAAGCAUGCUGUUUAGCAAUUGGAUCUUGUUCUAAGGUAAAACGGAUAAACUUCAAAGAGUUCGAGCAAUAUUGGUUAGUCAUUUAAGUUACCAUAAGGAGAGAAUCAAAAAGUUUUGACCAAUAUUCUUAUGUUCUUUAUUGAUAGAUUGGAAGUUUACUAGAUGGUAACUUAUUGA